CCGCACACGCGCGUUAAAUGAGGUGGGCGUGACUCCUGAGGACAGUCGCUGGGAGCGUGUCGCACGCACUAGGACACGCGCGCGCGUACGCAGGGGGCGGAGCUACAACAUGGUGACUUUCUCUCCGAGGAAGUGAGGCAUCGCUGACAGGAAGUGAGGCAUCGCUGACAGGAAGUGAGGCAUCGCUGACAGGAAGUGAGGCAUCGCUGACAGGAAGUGAGGCAUGAUGAUGCCAAAGGUGUGUGCUCGCCAGAGACCUCAGACGUCUCCCGGGAGCGUCUUGUCUCUCCGAGGUUCCAGGGCCCCAGGAUCUCCCGCCGCCGCCAUCGUGGCCCGAGUGGAGGACGGCGUGAUCGGCUACAAAGACCUGGCGGCGCUCCCGCGGGACAAAGCCAUCCUGGACAUCGAGAGGCCGGACUUGAUGACCUACGAGCCGCACUACACCUACAGUCCACUGACGUCCUUCUCCCCUCCCCCCUCCUCCGAGAACCUCCACAAGGAGUGGCUGGGAGGAAGUUCUCCUGGAUGUUCCUCGCCUGGUUCCAGCAGCAGGAAACACAGCGGCAACACACCCUCCUCCUCCUCCUCGCCACAUACACCACCCACACCGCACACACCACCCACACCACACACACCACACACACAACACACACCGCACACACAACACACACCACCUUCAAAGGCCCUACAACACUUCCACAAACCUGACAAUGGCAGCAACAUGUACAAGAAACCUCCCAUCUACAAACAAGGCGUGGCGUCCUGUGGCCCUCCUGCAGGCAAGCAGCACUUGGAGGACGUGAUCAUCGAGUCUUCCAAGUUCCCAGCCGCUCAGCCUCCAGACCCCAAACUUCCCUCCAAGAUGGAGAGUGACUACUGGCCCUGUCCUCCCUCCAUGGCCAUCUUUGAGAUGGAGUGUCGCAGGAGCGAGGCGAGGGAGGACGAUGACCUUCCUGGACAGGUGUGGGUGGUAGGUGGUCCUCCUGGUCCUCCUGAGUCCUGCUCAACUCAGAUCCAGUCCAACCUGGGAAGGAUCCUCCUCCAGGACCAGGUGGACAAGUCGGCUCCUCUGAGGAGGAAAAGUCGCUCACUGCCUGACCGCAGCCAGCACGCAGGGGCCGCCACUUCCAGGUCUGUUUAUUUCCCAGCAUCCUCUGGGACAGGCUUGUCCAGGCUUCAGUCAGCAGAAUUCGGCCCCUCGCAAAAGCCCGCCGCAGGUGUUCAGGUAGUGUUUCCUCCCCGUUGUGCGUCAUGUCGGCCAUGUUGUGGUGAUGUUUGUGUGUUUGUGUGUCAGAAUGGCGACUCCAGGACGGACCGUGGCAUCUCGCUGCUCGCCAUGACGGAGCUCCAGAUCUACCCGUAUGAGACGCUGGUGGUCCGGCAUCGUGGGUGGAGCAAGCUUCCUCCUGGCGUGGACAGAACCCGGCUGGAGAGACACCUGUCACAGGAGCAGUUCCUCAGCGUGUUCGGGAUGACGCUGGAGGACUUUGAGCAGCUUUCUCUGUGGAAGAGGAACCAGAAGAAGAAGAAGGUGUGUCUCUUCUGACUGCCAACAGGCCACGCCCCCUCGCCGCCGCCGGGAAGCAAGCUUUUGUAAAGCGUGCAAACAAGGUGACGUCUUUUGAUGAACGAUCCCCUUUAAAGAUGGCCGCAGGAAAGCAAUAAAGUCAUCUAUGAUGUCAUCAGGGAGCGCCCACGAUGAUGUGGACUUCUCCUGCAGGUCAAAGGUUGCAAUGAUGUCACCUUACACAGUGUCCAAUCAGAUCGCCCGGAUCUCACCCUUGAUAUGAUAUGCUGUGAUGUUUUGACCAGGCUUCUCUUCUGAUUGGCUGAGUUGACUCCGCCCACUCUUGAUUUCUGAUUAGCUGAGUUGACUCCGCCCACUCUUGAUUUCUGAUUGGGUGAGUUGACUCCGCCCACUCUUGAUUUCUGAUUGGGUGAGUUGACUCCGCCCACUCUUUGAUUUCCGAGUGAGUUGACUCCGCCCACUCUUUGGAUCCGGAUUGGGUGAAUUGACUCUUCCCACUCUUUGUUUUCUGAUUGGGUGAGUUGACUCCGCCCACUCUUUAAAUUCUGAUUGGAGGAGUUGACUCUGCCUACUCUUUGAUUUCUGAUUGGUGAGUUGACUCCGCCCACUCUUAAUUUCGGAUUGUGUGAAUUGACUCGACCCACUCUUGAUUCCUGAUUGGGUGAGUUGACUCCGCCCACUCUUUGAUUCCGGAUUGGGUGAGUUGACUCCGCCCACUCUUUGAUUUCUGAUUGUGAGUUGACUCCGCCCACUCUUAAUUUCGGAUUGUGUGAAUUGACUUGACCCACUCUUGAUUCCUGAUUGGGUGAGUUGACUCCACCCACUCUUUGAUUUAUGAUUAGGGGAGUUGACUCCGCCUACUUUUUGAUAUUGUGAGUUGACUCUUCCCACUCUUUGUUUUCUGAUUGGAGGAGUUGACUCCGCCCACUCUUUAAAUUCUGAUUGGAGGAGUUGACUCCGCCCACUUUUUCAUUUAUGACUGGGUGAGUUGACCCCGCCUACUCUUUGAUUUCUGAUUGGGUGAGUUGACUCCGCCUACUCUUUGAUUUCUGAUUGGGUGAGUUGACUCCGCCCACUCUUUGAUUUCUGAUUGUGUGAGUUGACUCCGCCCAUUCUUAAUUUCGGAUUGUGUGAAUUGACUCGACCCACUCUUGAUUCCUGAUUGGGUGAGUUGACUCCACCCACUCUUUGAUUUAUGAUUGGGUGAGUUGACUCCGCCCACUCUUUAAAUUCUGAUUGGAGGGGUUGACUGCGCCCACUUUUUCAUUUAUGACUGGGUGAGUUGACCCCGCCUACUCUUUGAUUUCUGAUUGGGUGAGUUGACUCCGCCCACUCUUUGAUUUCUGAUUGGGUGAGUUGACUCCGCCU